AUGAUUAUGAACGAUCCCCGAUGCGACUCGUUGUUGGGAGUAGUGGCAGACGAGGGGGGAGAAGAGGAGGAGGGGGUUCGAAAGCAUGGUGAGGGGCAUGGGAAGGGGCAUGGGAAGGGGCAUGGGAAGGGGCAUGGGAAGGGGCAUGGGAAGGGGCAUGGGAAGGGGCAUGGGAAGGGGCAUGGGAAGGGGCAUGGGAAGGGGCAUGGGAAGGGGCAUGGGAAGGGGCAUGGGAAGGGGCAUGGUGAGGGGCAUGGGAAGGGGCAUGGGAAGGGGCAUGGGAAGGGGCAUGGGAAGGGGCAUGGGAAGGGGCAUGGGAAGGGGCAUGGGAAGGGGCAUGGGAAGGGGCAUGGGAAGGGGCAUGGGAAGGGGCAUGGGAAGGGGCAUGGGAAGGGGCAUGGUGAGGGGCAUGGGAAGGGGCAUGGGAAGGGGCAUGGGAAGGGGCAUGGGAAGGGGCAUGGGGAGGGGCAUGGGAAGGGGCAUGGGAAGGGGCAUGGGGAGGGGCAUGGGAAGGGGCAUGGGAAGGGGCAUGGGAAGGGGCAUGGGGAGGGGCAUGGGAAGGGGGAUGGGAAGGGGCAUGGGAAGGGAGAGGAAACGCACGGCACUCACAUCUGUCUCAGAAACGCACGGCACUCACAUCUGUCUCAGAAAGGCGCGGCACUCACAUCUGUCUCAGAAAGGCGCGGCACUCACAUGGGGCACGGCACUCACAUGGGGCACGGCACUCACAUGGGGCGCGGCACUCACAUGGGGCGCGGCACUCACAUGGGGCACGGCACUCACAUGGGGCGCGGCACUCACAUGGGGCACGGCACUCACAUGGGGCACGGCACUCACAUGGGGCACGGCACUCACAUGGGGCACGGCACUCACAUGGGGCACGGCACUCACAUGGGGCACGGCACUCACAUGGGGCACGGCACUCACAUGGGGCACGGCACUCACAUGGGGCGCGGCACUCACAUGGGGCGCGGCACUCACAUGGGGCACGGCACUCACAUGGGGCGCGGCACUCACAUGGGGCACGGCACUCACAUGGGGCACGGCACUCACAUGGGGCACGGCACUCACAUGGGGCACGGCACUCACAUGGGGCGCGGCACUCACAUGGGGCACGGCACUCACAUGGGGCACGGCACUCACAUGGGGCACGGCACUCACAUGGGGCACGGCACUCACAUGGGGCACGGCACUCACAUGGGGCACGGCACUCACAUGGGGCACGGCACUCACAUGGGGCGCGGCACUCACAUGGGGCGCGGCACUCACAUGGGGCACGGCACUCACAUGGGGCACGGCACUCACAUGGGGCACGGCACUCACAUGGGGCACGGCACUCACAUGGGGCACGGCACUCACAUGGGGCACGGCACUCACAUGGGGCACGGCACUCACAUGGGGCACGGCACUCACAUGGGGCACGGCACUCACAUGGGGCACGGCACUCACAUGGGGCACGGCACUCACAUGGGGCACGGCACUCACAUGGGGCACGGCACUCACAUGGGGCACGGCACUCACAUGGGGCACGGCACUCACAUGGGGCACGGCACUCACAUGGGGCACGGCACUCACAUGGGGCACGGCACUCACAUGGGGCACGGCACUCACAUGGGGCACGGCACUCACAUGGGGCACGGCACUCACAUGGGGCACGGCACUCACAUGGGGCACGGCACUCACAUGGGGCACGGCACUCACAUGGGGCACGGCACUCACAUGGGGCACGGCACUCACAUGGGGCACGGCACUCACAUGGGGCACGGCACUCACAUGGGGCACGGCACUCACAUGGGGCACGGCACUCACAUGGGGCACGGCACUCACAUGGGGCGCGGCACUCACAUGGGGCGCGGCACUCACAUCUGUGCUUCCCCUUCGAACAUUUCGCUCGCUCUGAAGCUCCUGCACCCGUCUCCCCCUUUUCUCAUCCCUCUCUCCACCGUCCCCCCUCUCCCCUCCCAUUCUCCCCCGCCUGUAGCUUAA